GAUAAAAAUUAAAAAUACAUUGUCAGUACUUUGAAUAAUCUUAAUAUAAAUUUCAGUAUAUAAUCACACGCGGUAAUACGUGCUCCAUUGAUGUGUAUUAACAAGGUGGUUAAUGUGAUCGGACCAACCAGGCAACUGUGAAUGAAAUUUGUUUGAUCUGUCAGUUUACUAAAUGUAAGUGAACAGUAAUCUUGUUCACUUGUUAUUCAUAAUAAAAAAUAUAAAUAUAUUAAAAUAAAAGUAAAAAAAAUUUCAACCUUGAUUAUUAUUAUUUUUUUUAAAUUAUUAUUAUUUUUUUUUUCUGAUAAAUAUACAUAUUUAUUUUUAAAAUCAAUAAAAUAUAUAAUUUUUCAUUUAUAAUAUCAUUGUAACUGAUAGGAGACUAUCGUGUUGUAUCAUUUGUGAUUGUGUGAACAAAGUAGAUUUUUUUUUUUUUUUUAAAUUUGUUUUUGCCAGUAAAAUUUGAAAAAACAAUUAGGUGGUUUUAAUUAUUUUGUGAAGUGGAUAGUUAUUUAACAAUGAAUUCAAAAAAAAAAUUGUGAAUUAUUUAAAUAAUUUUUUAAACAAUAUAUUCAAGUUUUUUUUAAUUGUAUAAUUUGUCAGUGUUUGUGUAAAUUUUAAAAAUGUUUAAACAAUAGUAAUUUGUAUUUUUUUAAAUUAUAAAUCUAAUUUAGUGUCUAAUAUUUUGUUAAAAUGAAACCACCUGGAGCAAAAAAAUUAUCAAAUGAGAAUUCUUCACUGUGGAUAUUGAAGAAGAGUGUAAUUUAAUUAAAAAAUGGAAAAAGACGUGCUAAAUCCUUAUAUUAGAAAUCGUGCUAGAAGUCGUUCUCUCAGUGGACCAUGUAAGGAGCCAUUAUUAUCAGGUAAAAUAAAUUCAUACAGAAUGACACCAACUGGAGGAAGAACUCGAACAUUAUCAGAAACAAAUACAUCUGUUAUUGGAUUAACAACACCAUUAACAAAUAAUGAUUGUCAUGAUGUUACAAUGCAUGAUGAUAAUAUUGAUAGUGGACGUCUACCAGAUGUUGUUGCUGAAAGUAAAUUUUAUGGUGUUGAUGAAACAAUUGAAUCAUAUCUUGCAAUAACAAUACAAGUAUCAAUACCAUUUUUAGUUGCUGGUCUUGGUAUGGUUGGUGCUGGUCUUGUUCUUGAUGCUGUACAGCACUGGACAGUAUUUCAAAAUGUCAAUGAACUCAUGAUACUUGUUCCUGCAUUACUUGGUUUAAAAGGUAAUCUCGAAAUGACUCUUGCAUCAAGACUAUCAACACAAGCUAAUCUUGGUAAUAUGGAUGCACCAAAACAACAAUGGUCAAUGAUUGUUGGAAAUUUAGUUUUAAUACAGUGUCAAGCAAUAGUUGUAGGUUUUUUAGGAUCAGUUGUUGCAAUUGUUAUGGGUGGUUUUAGAAAUGGUACUGUAUCACUUGAUCAUACAUAUUUAUUAUGUGCAAGUAGUCUUGUAACAGCAUCAUUAGCAUCAUUUGUACUUGGUUUAAUAACUGCUGGUGUUAUUGUAUUUUCACGUCAUUGUCAUAUUAAUCCAGAUAAUGUUGCAACACCAAUUGCAGCAAGUCUUGGUGAUAUAACAUCACUUGCAUUAUUAUCAUGGAUAUCAACAAUAUUAUAUGAAGCUAUUGAUUUACAAGAUUGGAUUGCACCACUUAUUAUAUCAUGUUAUAUAUUAAUAACACCAUUAUGGGUAUGGAUUGCCAAAAGAAAUAAAUAUACAAAUGAUGUAUUAUAUACUGGAUGGACACCAGUACUGGUAGCAAUGUUAAUAAGCAGUUGUGGUGGAUUGAUUCUUGAAUUUAUGGUAUCAAGAUUUGAAAAUUUAACUGUUUAUCAACCAGUUAUAAAUGGUGUUGGUGGUAACUUAGUUGCUGUACAAGCAUCAAGAAUAUCAACAGCAUUACAUAAACAAGCUGAUCUUGGUACAUUAUUAGUACCACCUGGACAAACACAUCCAGUUAUAUUUAUAACUCCAAUUGCUAAUUUUUUUGGCAAAGGUUUACAUGCAAGAACAACACGUGUAUUAAUGGCAAUGGUUAUACCUGGUCAUACAAUAUUUAUAUGUAUGAUUAAAUAUAUGAAAACAGGUGAUACAUCAUUAACACCAUUAUUUUGUUUUGUCUACCUCUGUGCAGCAAUAUUACAAGUUGCAGCAUUAUUAUAUAUUGCAUAUAUUAUGAUACACUGGAUGUGGAAAAGAAAAAUUGAUCCUGAUAAUUCAGCAAUACCAUAUUUAACAGCGAUGGGUGAUUUAUUGGGUAUUAGUUUAUUAGCAAUUGCAUUUCAAUUUUUAUAUCUUGUUGGCGAUCAAGAGCAUGAUCCAAUUCCAUCAAUUAAACCUCCAAGUGGAUAAGCAUUACAGUUUAAUUUAAAUUUGAAAAAACAAAAAAGGCCUUGAUAUCAUUUUGAUACAAUAAUUGCUUUAUACCUGGUACAACAUUCAACAAAUAUUGAUUUGUUGAAAUAACAAAAUAGAAGUAAUAAUAAUAUCAAAAUUAAAAAAAGAAAAUAAAUGACAAUUUAUUUCUAGGAAAUUAAUUUAAUCCAAGGAGUUAUUUUACUAAAUGAAUCAAUUGAUUAUUUACUGAAUGAAAUAUUAAAAGUGAUAAUUGUUUUGUUUUAAAAUAAUGCUUGACUUGUUGAUAGAUAUUAUUAUUACUUUUUUUAUUAUUUAGAAAAAAAAUGUUUGAAUGAUUAAUGUUUAAACGAAUUGCCUUCCGACGUUGUUCGCAUUUUGUAAAAAUAUAUACAAUUGUAUAUUUUGAAUUAUUUUUUAGCUGUGAAUUUUAUUAUUCAAAAUAGGUAAUUAAUUUUUUUUUUUUCUACUUUUAAUUGAGAUAAUAUAAUCAAAAGAAAAAUGGAGAUUUAUAUAUUUACAUAUUAUAUAUUUUUUAAAUUAUUGUCUCUGAGGAAAAUUAUAAAAUGUGUUUCAUAAAAUAAGAGUGGGAAUUUGUAAAGUAAAGAAAAAUAUUUGGGUAAUUAUUGAGAAUGAUUAUGAAAGUUGAAUAAUAUUUUUUGUAGUUUAAAAAAAAAUGUUCUCAAAAUGAUAAUUGAGAUGAUGGAUCAAUUAAAAAUGUAGAUAAAUUUAUUUUAAGAAUAAUUUUAAGUUUUUAUUUAUAAGAAAAAUAAUUUAAUUACUGACACACAUGCGAUAUAAAAUAUAAUUAAAACAAUUUUUUUUAUUUAUUGUCAUUGUUCUUUUUUUAGUUACAAAUCUCGGUUUUAACUGAUUCAAUAAAAAAAGUUUAACUUUUCAUUAAAAAUUAAUGAUAAAUAUAUUUUAAUUUUUUAAAAUACUUCAAGCAUUUAAUAUAUAAUUUUAAUAUUUAAAAACAAAAAACAAAUAAAUGCUGUUUUAUUAUUAUUAAUUUUUUUUUUUUUCAAUCAAAUGAAAAGUUAGUUUUUUUUUUUUUUUUACAAAUACUCAGUAUUAUUGUGCCAUUUUUUAGCCGGGGCUUGUCAAAAAAAAAAUAUAUAUAAUAAAAUUUCGUUGGCUUAAGCAUUGUUGUAAGGAAAAAUUAAAAAGAUUAAAAAAAUGUUAAUAUAAAAAUAUUCCUUGCCAAAAAUAAAUGUUGCAAUGUAGAAGUGUUAGAAAUGAAAGAAAAAAAAAACGAGUACUUCCCAGUCAGAGUCGCAAAUAAAAAUAUUUUUACUAUGCCUUGAAGAAAAUAGUAUGUGCAAUAUUUUAAGUUACCAAAUAAAUAAGUGCUGAAUAAAUUGUAUAAUUAUAUUAUCUAAAAAAUAAUAAUAACAAUAAUGAAAUAGAAAAAUUAUAAAAAAGAAAAAAAAUAAAGUUCAUGUAAAUCAAAAAUUUAAAAGAAAAUCAAAAACUUUUGAUAGUACUUGUUUGAUGUACAGAUAAAAUAAAUGAAAUAUUAAUUUGAAUAAAAUUUGUAUGUUUUUUUUGACGUUUAACCAUUUAAAAACAAUUCAAAAUUGAAAAACAAAAAAUUGUAUUAUCAAAGUAAACAAAAUUGCAGCGACAAUAAAACGAUUAAUCAUGAAAAAAAUAUAAAAAAAAUUGUUUUUACUGCUGGAAUAAUAAAUAAGCCCUUAAAAUUCAAAUAACUUGUGGUAUAAAAUGACAAAAUAAUUAUAGUAAUUAUAAUAAUUAACAUAAUUAUUAUUUUUUUUUAUUAAAUCGUGAGAUGAAAAUUAUAUAAAUAAGUAACGAAGUACAAAAAUAUUUAAUCAAAGUUAUUAUGGUUAAUAACAAAUGAUGCAUAAUAAUCUACAAAUGAUGAUUAUUUUCUUAUUACAUUUUUUUUAAUCUCAACAAUGUACGGUUAUAUAAAUUCUUAAAAUUUAAUUGUUUAUUUUUUUUUUUUCUUCAUCAGUUUAAAAAUGAAUUACAAAUGAUAAUUCCAAUUAAAAUGGAAACACGUAGGCAGCUGAGUAAACUUAUUAUUAAAUCUCAUAUAAAGAGCAAUACUUUUUCUUUUUUUUUUUUGUUAAUGAACAACUGAAUUUGUAAUAUCAAUUUAACAAUUAUUCUUUAUUUAAUUAUCUCACAGUAGUUUAGCUUCUUCUUUGACUUUCCAUUGUAUCAAUUCCAUACAAGCAACUGCAUCUUCUUUACUAUCAUG